AUGUCUGUCCGCUGCGCGACGUCGCGCGCCGAGAUGGCACGCGGGCGCGGUGUGUCGCGCGACAUCAUGCAACCUGGUUCGCCUCUUCUUGCAACUCAUGCUAACUCUUGCUCCCCAGGCGAACCCGAACCGAGGCGCUCAGUGCGCGCGACCAAGGGCCAACAUACAAAGUCCUUCGACGAACUCGAGCAGCUCGCUGUCCCGAAACGACGCCAAACGAAGAAGUCCAGGAAGGCCCUGGACGAGGAGGAGCAGUCCCAAGAACCAGAGGAGAUCAUCCGAUGCGUCUGUGGUGCUACGGAGCAGGACGAGGACUCGGGCGAGGCCUGGAUCUCGUGCGAGACAUGCUACGCGUGGCAGCACAAUGUCUGCGUCGGCGUGAGCUCAUACGAGGAUGAGAUCCCGGAGUACUACUGGUGCGAGCAGUGCCGCCCGCAGGAGCACAAAGUGCUACUGGACGGCAUUGCUAAGGGAGAGCAGCCAUGGAUCGCCCGGCGCAAGGCCCAUGAGGAAGAGGUGGCAAGCAGAAAGAGGAGGGGCGGUAGAAAGCCCAAGGCGAAGCGUGCAAGUGAUCCAAAGGACGAUAUUGAAAAAGACGGUCGCAGCAAGGCCAAGGCAUCACCAGCGCCAGAUGCUUCAGCAAAAGAGAGACGCGAAUCUGGAGGACGGCCAGGCAAACGGAAGUCGCGGGACGACUCGCAGGACGGCGAGCCCAAGGCAUGUAGUACCGAAAUUUCUCUCCCUUUGAACUGUCUACUAAUCGAGGCGCAGAACUCCAAGUUGCGACGCGUGCCAGCAAACGAAUCAUCCGCAGGUGGCGUUGAAUAUACACCCCCGGCCGACUUAGCCACCGCCAUAUCGGAGUUGCCAGCUACCAGAGCCGGUCCAGCCAGGGCCUUGAGAAAGUCAAUUUUACACGUUUUGUCGUCAAUGGAGAAGAACAAGACUGUCAAGAUUCCCAAAGAUAGCUCCGCAGAGAGCAUGUCAGAGACAAAUGCCCUCCAGAUCGAACGCGCCGUGUUUGACACCCACCCAGCCACCAAAGGCCAAAAGGAAUAUAAUCAGCAGAUCAAGUCGCUCACAUUUAACCUCAAGAAUAAUCCAGAACUUGUUGAAGGCUUGGUUCAAAAGACCCAUUCUCCGGCCGGGCUGGCCGUGAUGACAUCGGAACAACUUGCCUCUGCAGAGAUGCAGAAGCAGACCGCGGAGAUGAAGGCCAAGGCAGAGAAGCAGUCCAUCCUCUACACAGCGGAUACGGGACCCCGCGUUCGACGAACGCACAAGGGUGAGGAAGUGGUGGAAGAUGAGAGUCUCGCGAUUACGAAUGAGCUUCCGAUACCUCGUGGAGGAGGUGCUCGACGCGGUGCCGCCACGGACCCAAGCCAAGCGAUCAAGCGAGAGUCCUUGAGCACCGACUACGACAUGGCUCAGUCCCCCAAGCAACAGGACGAUCAACGUUCGCCUAGCCAGUCUAAAUUUGACAUCUCUGAGGUUUUUUCACAAGUCAAGUCACCGACACAAGCGCAGCGUCGCCGUCCAUCAGCGCCUGUCCUCAACACAUCCGGCCCCGGCUUCGACCCCGACGUCGACCGGAUGCUGGAAGACGAGAACGACUCACCGCCGUACUCGCCCACCGAAGACUCAACAGACCCCGACAUUGUCUGGAGAGGAUCGCUGGCCAUGAGCUCCAUCGCCGACUUUCAAGCCACGGGAAAGCAUGUGGGUGGCGCCAACUUUGCCAACCUGGGGCACUGGUCCAAGCUGAUACCGAAGCGCAUGACUGUGGCCGGUCGCAUUACGGAGCAGAGUGCCAUCGAGUAUCUCUGCAGCCUUCGGUACAGCAACCUGACGGAUAUUGUCGUUGUCGGUCUGGCCCCAACCUCUCCAGAAGCGCAGCCGGAAUACAACGCGUUGGUUGACUACUUUGUGAGCAAGAAGCGCUAUGGCGUCGUCGGCAACAAGGCGGCAGGCAAUGUUCGUGAUACAUAUCUCGUGCCCGUCCCGCCUGGGGAGAACAAUCACCCAGAGUUCAUGCUGAACCUGGUCGACAAUUUCAUCCCUCAGACGCGCACCGAACCCCUGUUGCUGGCCGUCUUUGUGUACCGCAACGAGCCCUCCGAGACCCUGGCGCCCCAGGACGAACAAGUCGUUUCCCCCUCGACGCCUGCCAUAGCCUCAGCGCCCAAUACGGAGGGAUACGCGCAGCGGAGCAACUCCAUACCCGGCCCCGGCUUCUCCCCCGCCACGCCGCGCGGCGGCUUCGCCGGCUCCCCUUCCAACAAUGGUACCACGCCCAGCCAGUUCGCCACGCCGAUCCCGUCGCACCUGGCGGCCGCCCCGCUGCCGCCCGCGCCAACGCCGCCCAAUGCCUCGAACCUGACCAGCCCCCCGCCGCCGUUUGCUCAGAUGACCGAGGCCCAAAAGGUCCAGGCGCAGCAGGCCGCCGAGCAAACGGCUCGCGAGGUCCUUGGCGCCUUUGUCAAGGUACCCACGGUGCAGUUUCUGCUGCCCCAGGCGCACCAGAUGGCACGCCGCGAGUGGGAGAUUAUCAAGUCCGUCUACGAGCGGGAGCCCAGGGCGCGCGAUGAUCUGCAGUACUUGAGCGUGUUGCUGGAAAAGGAAGGAGGACCGAAGCAGCCCUAA